CUGCGAAUCAAAAUGUAAAAUUAAUAGUAAAUACCCGUUAUGUAACUUUGGUUGGAGGUCAUGUCAACACGACAUUACAAUUUAGAACUUAGAAGUUGUCUUGUUUCUGAUUUUAUAAUGUUGAUUUUCAGGCUUGGACUAAAUAACCAACAGCUGUUUGGAAGGUUGGCGUGCCUUCAAAAAUGUGUGGUUCCCUGUACAUCAGCAUCCACAUCAGCUGAGAAAGCUGGGACGAAGAUGGACAAGUAUUGGAAGAAAAACAGUCAAAGAAACAGACCACUUUCACCACAUCUUAGUAUAUACAAAUAUCAUAUCCCUAUGAUGUUGUCGAUAUCAAAUAGAAUCACGGCCAGUAUUGUCACAGGAGCUUUCUUUGCUGCGCCCAUGAUCUACCUGUUCGGCACAAAGGAUUUCGCGGGUUAUUAUGCACUUCUACAGAACUCUGGUCCAUUAGUUCAGAGUGGGGUUACAUUUGCCAAGCUGAACCUGGCUUUCUGCUUCAGUUUUUAUUUCUGGGCCAGCAUAAGACAUUUUGUAUGGGACACAGGAAAGGGCUACUCGACUGAGCAGCUUUACCAGACCGGCUAUGCCUUGCUAGCAGCUACACUCCUCACAACGGCUGGGCUUAUGUGUCUGUAACCUAGGAAUAUUGCUCAAGACUUUGUGGAGAUAAUUUUCACCCUAUCAGUCUUUGCCAUGACUAUGAGAUACGGAAAUUUAAUGUGGUCUAGAACAGUAGAAAUCAGAUAUGUGUACAUAAUGAGACGUGUUCUUGGAAAACUGGGAUUCAUGCAUGACCGUAAAGUGUCGUCCCAGAAUAGCCUUUGCAGUGCGCACAGGCUAAUCAGGGACAUCUCUUUCCGUCUUAAUUGGUUAUCCCUAAAAAGAGGCCUCCUUAUGAAAAUGCAAUUAAAGUGGAGAGAUGAUUAUCGUGUAAAGAGUAACAAGCUAACCUGUGAUGGCACUUUAUAUGCAUUGAUUGGACCACUUUAUAUGCAUUGAUUGGACCACUUUAUAUGCAUUGAUUAGACCACUUUAUAUGCAUUGAUUAGACCACUUUAUAUGCAUUGAUUAGACCACUUUAUAUGCAUUGAUUAGACCACUUUAUAUGCAUUGAUUAGACCACUUUAUAUGCAUUGAUUAGACCACUUUAUAUGCAUUGAUUAGACCACUUUAUAUGCAUUGAUUAGACCACUUUAUAUGCAUUGAUUAGACCACGUUAUAUGCAUUGAUUAGCCAAGUAUUCCCAGAGCAAGGUUUUUAUGAUGGUCAGGCUAGCAAAUAUUUAACAUGAUGAUUACCAGUUUUACUUAUAAUUAUUUGGGUUAGUGGAUUAAAAUAAUGAAUUUAAACAUUGUAUUAUUUGAAAUCUGUAUAAUAUUAUGUUAUAUUUUAUUGGCACCAAAUGUAAACGGUUAUAUUUUCUUAUUUGUUUAUAUGAAUUUAUGCUUGCAUUUUCAUAUAUUAUUAUUUGAUUUAUACAUACCGGUAAUUUUCAAUUUGUCUCUACACUGAUAUUAUUUUUUUAUUGAUGUACUUGUUUAUGGUUAUGGCAACUAAAUCUCGUGAUAAUAUCUUGUACAAAAAUUGCAUAGAGCAAUUUUGUAGCACAAGUAUUGCAUUUUACAAAUUUGCUGACAUUCAUUCAGGGAGUAUACAUGCUAUACAUAUUGUCACAUACCUCUUUGUUUAUUUACUUGAUGCCUAUGAGUCAGUAUUACAGAGAUAAUAUUAUUUAUAGUACAAGUGAAUGUUUGAACCAUAUAAAGUUGUUAGGUA